AAGACCGACGUGAUAGAGAUCAGGAACAGACUCGGUCCUGCUAACAACAAGAGAGCCAUCGCUGAUCAGGUGAAAAAGUUUCUGGAUAAGAAGUACACCUGGUACAGCUGGGUGGUGCUGGUGUACAACACAGCCCAGGCUGAUGAUUACAUACUGUAUGAUCUGACUAAGAUUACAGAGGACACGAUCACCGUCGCCGUGGGAUACACUCUGAAGGCAGAUGUAAGAGAUGAAGCACCAGUUCGAAAAGCAGCCGAUGACUGCUUCAAAGACAAAUCGUGUGAAAUUAAGAAGAAAGUACAUAACUGUAGGUAUUCUUGGUCUCAUCCAUAUGAUACUAUGGGUAUACGGUAUAGUUACACCUUCACUGAAUAUGCUAAAGCGACCCACGCUGUCUAUGGGAACGACUUUGCUGAGGCUCCAAAACCCUUCCACCAUCACGACUGUGAUUGGACAUAUAUCUCUUCAAGAAAGAUUUCCAUCUAUUACUCCCAGAAGUUGCCUGUCUGCAAUGAUAAAACAUGUAACAACCAUGGAAUGUGCAGGCAGUUGCUGGACUCCAAUGAAUGGUUGUGUGAGUGUUCAGAUGGUUACUAUGGUGACAGAUGUAAAGAGAGAGCACCCAAAGCUGCAGCGGCCAAUACAGUUGUACGACAUGUCAGCACCGUUGACACCAAAAUGAGAAAGAUGGAGAUCAAACUGGAGGAGGUUCUCAGGUCUAUCAACGCCAGGUGUCGUGGCUAGUAGGAGAUCUCUGCCGACCGCUGACGGACCAC